AUUGAGACACGGAGCCAUACCAAAAACGCCACGUAUACUCUUCCCAAACCACAUCCAUUCUCUCUAAAACUUCCCCCCCUCGGAGCUCAGCAUUUACCAAUUCCUGUUCCUGGCUUUGCCCAUUUCUCUUCGCCACAGCGGCCCAGAGCUUGCCUUUAGUCAUCUCAUUUUGUUUCUCACUUUUCCUCUAAUAUUCAUCCAAAGCCUCUACGUCGAAGAUGGCAGCAUCACCAGCAUGCCUGCUAGGGCAUGGUCUGUCUACUCACACAACAAAGCCAAAGUUGAGCAAAGAAUUCAGUGGUCGGAAUAUUUUCUUUACCUCCGGCCUCACAUCAUUGGGUAGGACAUCAAAAGCUGUCCUUGUAAAGGCAUCUUUAGAACAGAAACAGCAUGAAGGAAGAAGAGGGUUCUUAAAGUUGCUGCUUGGAAGUGGGGGAAUCGGAGUUCCUGCUUUAUUAGGAAGUGGUAGAGCAUAUGCUGAUGAGCAAGGAGUUUCUUCCUCAAGAAUGUCCUAUUCUAGGUUCUUGGAGUAUUUGGACAAGGAUAGGGUUAAAAAAGUGGAUUCGUUUGAAAAUGGAACGAUAGCUAUUGUGGAGGCUGUCUCUCCUGAAUUGGGAAACCGUGUUCAACGAGUUCGUGUGCAGUUACCAGGACUCAGCCAGGAGCUUCUUCAGAAGUUUAGGGAGAAGAACAUUGACUUUGCUGCCCAUAAUGCUCAAGAAGACUCUGGUUCUCUGUUAUUUAACUUGAUUGGCAAUCUGGCAUUCCCCCUCAUCUUGAUUGGAGGGUUGUUCCUUCUUUCAAGGAGAUCAUCUGGAGGAAUGGGUGGUCCUGGUGGGCCUGGCUUUCCUCUUGCCUUCGGUCAAUCAAAAGCAAAGUUUCAGAUGGAACCUAACACUGGUGUGACGUUUGAUGAUGUUGCUGGAGUUGAUGAAGCAAAGCAGGAUUUCAUGGAGGUUGUGGAGUUCCUAAAGAAGCCAGAGAGAUUUACUGCAGUUGGGGCUCGCAUCCCUAAAGGUGUUCUUCUUGUUGGCCCUCCUGGAACUGGAAAGACUCUUCUGGCCAAGGCAAUUGCUGGUGAAGCUGGUGUGCCAUUCUUCUCCAUUUCAGGUUCUGAGUUUGUUGAAAUGUUUGUUGGUGUUGGCGCCUCUCGAGUUCGUGAUCUCUUCAAGAAGGCCAAGGAGAAUGCCCCCUGUAUUGUCUUUGUGGAUGAAAUUGAUGCUGUUGGACGGCAAAGAGGAACUGGUAUUGGUGGUGGGAACGAUGAAAGGGAGCAGACUCUUAACCAGCUUUUGACUGAAAUGGAUGGUUUUGAGGGUAACACAGGUAUCAUUGUAAUAGCAGCAACUAACCGGGCAGAUAUUCUUGAUUCUGCCUUGUUGAGGCCAGGACGGUUUGAUAGACAGGUAACUGUUGAUGUUCCAGAUAUCAGAGGAAGAACAGAGAUACUAAAGGUUCAUGGCAGCAAUAAGAAGUUUGAUGCUGAUGUAUCACUUGAUGUUAUAGCCAUGAGAACACCUGGUUUUAGUGGAGCAGAUCUUGCAAAUCUGUUAAAUGAGGCUGCUAUAUUGGCUGGCCGACGUGGCAAGACUGCGAUUUCAUCUAAAGAGAUUGAUGAUUCAAUAGAUAGGAUUGUGGCCGGAAUGGAAGGAACGGUUAUGACAGAUGGGAAGAGCAAAAGCUUGGUUGCAUACCAUGAGGUUGGCCAUGCCAUUUGUGGAACUUUGACACCAGGUCAUGAUCCUGUUCAAAAGGUCACCCUGAUUCCACGUGGCCAGGCCCGUGGUCUUACCUGGUUCAUUCCUUCAGAUGACCCCACCUUAAUCUCCAAGCAACAACUCUUUGCAAGAAUUGUUGGUGGACUCGGUGGCAGGGCUGCAGAGGAAGUCAUCUUUGGUGAGCCUGAGGUGACAACAGGUGCAGUUGGUGAUUUGCAGCAGAUUACUGGUUUGGCUAAACAGAUGGUGGUGACUUUUGGAAUGUCUGAAAUUGGCCCAUGGUCCCUUAUGGACUCAUCAGCCCAAAGUGCGGAUGUCAUCAUGAGAAUGAUGGCAAGGAAUUCAAUGUCAGAAAAACUGGCUGAAGAUAUCGAUGCUGCUGUCAAGAGGUUAUCGGACAGAGCUUAUGAAAUUGCAUUGAGUCAUAUAAGGAGCAACCGUGAGGCAAUUGACAAGAUCGUAGAAGUCCUUCUUGAGAAGGAAACAAUGACCGGGGAUGAAUUCAGGGCAAUCCUUUCAGAGUUUGUCGAAAUCCCAUCUGAGAAUCGGGCCCCUCCUUCAGUACCCUCUCCGGUCUCUGUUUAAGCAGAGCAUAACAAGUUGUACACGUAGUUCUCUCUUUAUCCUACACCCUGAAUCGUAGAAAUGUAUGUGUAAUUAGGAAUGUACAAUAAUUUGAAUUAAAGAAUGAGAAAGUGGUAUAGUUUUUUAGCCUCUAUAAAUGGCGUAAAUUUGGCA